CGCCUACCUACUGCCCGUUGCUAGGUGGGUAGGUACCUUGGACAGGUAAGUAGGUAUUCUAGGAGCCCCUGCUGCGUCGGUGUCACCCACUGCCGUGAUCAUGGAUGGAACCUCGGUGGAAGUCCCUCUGUACAGCACAGCAGCCCACCUCCUUACUACCUCUCUCAGUCCACCUAGUCCCAUCCCGUCGAUAUUUUUCUGGAGCUCAGCGCAAAAGGACCCACGCCCGACCCGAUUGCACAUUGCACGAGCCUCACAACAUCGCAAAUCGACCCUUUUCUCCCAUCCACCCACCGCCCAUCUCUCCCGCUUUGUGCCCUUGUUCCUGAAGCUCCGUCUUUGCUUGGUCGUUACUAUUCCGAGCUCUAAUCCCAACCCAACAUGUCUUUCGGAGGCCAAACACCGACCAUCAUUGUCCUGAAAGAGGGCACCGAUACCUCGCAGGGCAAGCCCCAGAUCAUCUCCAACAUCAACGCCUGCCUUGCCGUCCAGGCCACCAUCAAGUCGACACUCGGUCCCUAUGGCGGUGACCUAUUAAUGGUGGAUGCCAACGGCAAGCAGACAAUCACAAACGAUGGCGCCACCGUCAUGAAGCUCCUCGACAUUGUCCACCCUGCUGCGCGAAUCCUCGUCGACAUUGCCCGGUCACAAGAUGCCGAAGUGGGUGACGGCACCACCUCGGUCGUCGUGCUUGCUGGCGAGAUCCUCAAGGAGGUCAAGGAACAUGUCGAACAGGGUGUCAGCUCACAGAUCAUCAUCAAGGGCCUCAGGAGGGCCUCCACCAUGGCCGUCAACAAGAUCAAGGAGAUUGCCAUCAACACCGCCGAGUCCAACCGCCGCGAGACCCUGAGCAAGCUGGCCGCCACCGCCAUGACCAGCAAGCUCAUCAAGAGAAACACCGACUUCUUCACAGAGAUGGUUGUCGAUGCCGUCCUCUCCCUCGACCAAGAAGACCUCAACGAAAAGUUAAUAGGCAUCAAGAAGAUCCCCGGCGGCUCCCUGACCGACUCGCUCUUCGUCAACGGUGUCGCCUUCAAGAAGACCUUCUCGUACGCCGGUUUCGAGCAACAGCCCAAGUCGUUCAAGAACCCCAAGAUCUGCUGCCUCAACGUCGAGCUUGAGCUCAAGGCCGAGAAGGACAACGCCGAGGUGCGCGUCGAGCAGGUUUCCGAGUACCAGGCCAUUGUCGACGCCGAGUGGCAAAUUAUCUACAAGAAGCUCGAGGCCGUGUACGCGACAGGCGCCAAGGUGGUGUUGUCCAAGCUGCCCAUCGGCGAUUUGGCCACCCAGUACUUUGCCGACCGCGACAUCUUCUGCGCCGGCCGUGUCACCUCGGAGGAUAUGGAGCGCGUCGUCCAGGCCACCGGCGCCACCGUCCAGAGCACCUGCUCCGACAUCCUGCCCGAGCACCUCGGCACCUGCGGCACCUUUGAGGAGCGCCAGAUCGGCGGCGAGCGCUUCAACUUCUUCGAGGACUGCCCGUCGGCCAAGACGUGCACGCUCGUCCUGCGCGGCGGCGCCGAGCAGUUCAUCGCCGAGGUUGAGCGCUCCCUGCACGACGCCAUCAUGAUCGUCAAGCGCGCCAUUCGCAACAAGACCAUUGUCGGCGGCGGCGGUGCCGUCGAGAUGGAGGUUUCCGCCUACCUGCACCGCUUCGCCGAUCGCGACGUUGCCCACAAGCAGCAGGCCAUCAUCAAGUCCUUCGCCAAGGCCCUCGAGAUCAUUCCCCGUCAGCUCUGCGACAACGCCGGCUUUGACGCCACCGACAUUCUCAACAAGCUCCGCGUCGAGCACCGCAAGGGCAACACGUGGGCCGGUGUCGACUUUACGAACGAGGGCGUCUGCGACAUGAUGGAGCGUUUCGUCUGGGAGCCUGCGCUCAUCAAGAUCAACGCCCUCCAGGCCGCCACGGAGGCAGCUUGCCUGAUUCUCGGUGUGGAUGAGACCAUCAGGAACGAGGAGAGCCAGGCGCCACAGGCUCCUGGCCAGAAACUGCCGCCCGGUGCGGCCCAGAGGGCUUUGAGGGGAAGAGGCCGCGGCAUGCCUAGGCGGUAGAUGGGGGGCGGACAAAAGAGAGAAGUCAUGUCAAGUUAAAGAUGAUAACAAAACGUAAUUUAGAUGGCAUAGUGUGGGGAAUAUACCUGUACGAAGAUUCUGUCAAGCUGUUUUUGGGCAUUUGUCGGCGGUUGGCUGAUGAUUCAGGUGACAUGAUGAGCCCACUGCCCGGUGCUGGCCAUGGGCUAUUUUAGUGCAUUUCUCUGUGUCUCCCUCUUCGGUGAUUCUGUAAGGUUGUGAUCAAUGUCAAAAGUCUUGGCAAAUGUGUUUCGAAAAACAAAGCUGUUCUGUAUUCUGUAUGUAGGUACUCUACACUAUUGAUGCGUUUCUCGUGUAUAGGUACUGAAAGCAUUGGAAGAAUUCUCCCAUAUCAGAAUCAACGCUGGCAGCGAGCGAGAGUCUGCACAACGAU